AUGCACACGCUGUUACAGCAGCCAGCACUGCCGUUGUCCCACCUAGAUGGUCCUCCCAUCCAUGAGGCAGACGAGCUAGGGUUUCGGGAUCUGCCAGCGAGCGGACCAAACUUAGCACAGAAAUACUACGACGAGCGGUUGAAUCGGCUUGAAUUAAGCAACUGGACGAGCGUAGCAAUUGCCGACGAUUUCGCCGCGAGCGUGUUGUCAAACUACCUGGAGCUCAAUCAUCCCGUGCUAGGCCUCUUCGACGCGGGGCUAUUUCUACGGGACCUCACCAACUUACAGCACGACUUUUGCUCCACCUUUCUCGUCAACGCCACACUUGCUUUCGCCUGUCAAUCGUUUACUGGGAUCGAUCUACGCGCCGCUCCAUUGGCGUCAGCUUUCAUUCGCGAGGCAGAAAGACUUUGGCGUUCGGAAGGAUUACUUGACUCAGCGCUGAAUGUAGCAUCCAUUCUUAUGCUCAGUGUGAGCAUACAUACGUAUGGCGGAGACCUCAAGGUCACAGACUUGCUGGACGGCGGCCGCUGCAUGGCUCAAAGGCUGGGCAUGUUCGGUCCUCAACUGAGAAGCCCAAGCGGUGUCGGCUCAGGUGAAGUGUCCGUAGAGCACCAGCGCUCCAUGGCACACAUUGCGCAUGGGGCGUACAGCAGCCUCUGCACUUUCUACUACCCACAGAACCCAACGCACUUGCCUCCCUUGCGGCCCGCCACAGGUCCAGACAGCUUCGGCAAGUCAGCAAGCGAGCCAUUAGGCAUACCUGCGGAGGCGACUGAACUACCGGCGAUCGUGGACAGCAAGUUCACCGCGCUUUGCCAGUUCUGGUCCAUCAUGCAGGUAGUCGCGACCACCUACUUUGCCUCACGACCGAGGUCGAAGUCUGUUCGUGAGCCAAUACCUCUCCACUUUGCCGAGUCAACAUACCGAAAACUCCUAGCCUGGGCAAACACACUCGAAGGCGCCAUGUCUCGCGAGAACGGCGGCCCAGACCAGCUCAAGGGCCUCCUUCUCGACUGCCGACAGGACAGGAGGAAAAUGCUGCUUAUAGCGCAUACCAACGCCGCCAUCCUCCACGUCAGUAAUGCCAUGCUGCUGGAUGCCGCCGAUCGUGCUGGCCGUGGGAGCCCGCAAGAUCCCGAUUGUCGACCCUACUUCCUCCUCUGUCUCGCCAACUGCCGCGACAUGUAUACCUGCUUUCCAGUGUUUGGCUCGGUUGGACGUGGGCUGCUUGCCAUGGCGAUGAGAGACGGCGUGAUGGACAGCGAGAGCGCGAAACGUCUGGUCGCUACUCUAGACUCCCGUGGCACCCAUCACGACCCUACGGCUCGGAGAGCGUUGGGCACUUUUACGAUUGACUUUGCACUCGCUAUGAGGGAACCGGAGCAUGCAGAAGCAGCAACUCUAGCAAGGCAGUUUGAUGAGCUGACGUUAUUCGCCGACCUGACGACAGGAACGUGGUGA